AUGGACACCUUCCUCCCUCUCAUCUACAGUAACCUCGAAUCGAUAAUUUUCGUGAUCUCCGCGUCGAUCAACUCCCUCCUUUUCCUCCUCAUCCUCUUCAAAUCUCCCGAAAAAAUUGGAGCAUAUCGAUAUCUCAUGCUCACCUUCUCCGGCUAUUGCUUGAUUUUCUCGCUUGUCACGUGGCUCGGCGAGCCGACUUCAGUGGCGUCGGGACAGGUUUAUAUUAUAUUUGUGAGGAGGGAGAAUCCGUUGCGAUAUGAUUUGUGGAAGCAUACUCUUGUUUGCAUGUACUCCACAUCAAUCGGUAUCCUAAUGUAUCUCAUCGCCGUUCAAUUCAUCUAUAGAUACUGUCUGAUUUGCAAACCAAAAAUGAUAAUUUAUUUUUCUGGAAAGUACCUGGCGUGUUGGCUUUCAGGUAUUUUAGUUGUCGCCGUCGAUUAUGGAGUUCUGACUGCGUUUCUGGCGAGAAGAACAACGGAGAUGGAGAGUGUGAUGAGAGAAACCCUGAAAACCGAGUUCCAUACUAACAUUGAAGAAGUCGAAUUUAUUGGGAUUCAAUUCUACACGGAGACCGCCAAUAAAAGUAUCGAUUGGAAUCUGAAAACGUUGCUUCUGAUUGUAAAUGUGAUGAUUUUGAUGUUAAUUUUCGGUUUUAUUACGGUAUACUGCGCCUUUAAGACUUAUCAAUUCUCAAAAAGUCGAUUGGAACAAAAUGAGGAGAACGAGAAGUUUAAUCGACAGAUUUUUGUGGCUUUGGUCACACAGUCCUGCAUCCCAUUAAUUUUUAUGUUCCUCCCGAUAACUAUAAUUAUUAUAAUCCCACUAUUCGGCUUAUCUCCAAAGUUUUUGGUGCAAAUAUCCGCUAUCAGUAUAUCGAUUUAUCCGAUUCUAGACCCCCUGGCGGUUCUUAUUAUUGUCAGCAGUUAUCGAGAGUUUUUUAUUGAAUGCAUCCGUUGCUGCCGUCCAAAAAAAAUGGCUGCUAUUUUGAAAAAUUCGUGUAUGACAGUGGACGAGGGCUUUGAAACGGAGAUUUUGUAA